AGACAAAGGCAGUUUGCAAACUACAGUACAAUAGCAAUGUUAUUGGGAAUAUUUGUAACGAUAUCUCUCUUUGGUUUGGUCAGAUCCGACCAGUGUUCAACUUCUGUUUCUAAUUUUCAAAUUGCAAACUUUGGCAACGCGAAUUUAGAUGUAGAUAGCUAUAUAAAGAUAUCUCAAAGCCUGUCAGAGAUGAAACAGACAACUCUUAGAAUGGAACAAAAACUUCACCGUAUGUACUCAGUGCCAUGUUCAAUUGAGCAUUGCGAGAACGGAGGAACAUGUGUAAACGAUACGUGCAUGUGUAAAGAUGGCUACGCUGGAUCAAAGUGUGAAAUAGAUGUUAACCGAACAUGCCAGUGCGACAGCACCACAUUUAUUCCGCAUCCAAAUAAAUGCCAGCUCUACUAUAACUGCAGUCAAGCGUUGUCUCCCCUACCAACAGAAAACCGAAAAUAUACCGACAGACUACAGGUUCUGAGACCUGCCUACCUACACGAAUGUCUUUAUCCGAAACUGUUCUCUACAACAACUAUGUCUUGUCAAUAUUAUAAAGACGUCAAGUGCGGUUCCAGAUACGAAACAAAAAAUAAAUGUAACUAUCUCGCGAUAAGCUAUACUUGCCUUGGAGCAUGUAAAGAGUGUAUAUAUUUCACACCUGACUGUGAAGGAUUCGCAGACGGCGUAUACGACAACAUGUAUAUUUUACAUGGGUACUAUUUUGAAUGUCGAGACGAAAGAAACAUAUAUGGUGGUGCAAAUCCUUGCAAAACCAACAUGGCACCUCACAAUGGCGAAUGUAGAGACUUAUUCGAAAUACCAACAACUCCUUGGGGGGUUGGAAACGGGAUCGCAUGCAACAGUCGUCAAAAUGGAAACUAUAGAAGCGAACGGAUGGGAAGGUGUGAUAUCUACUACACUUGUGUAAAUGGAAACACCACACUAUCACACUGUAGCAAUGGACAAGUCUUCGAUUCAAAAACUUCAUUUUGCCAAAAUCCAGCAAAUGCAUGUGCCCCAUGCGGAUCCUUCAAUAACGGCUGUUAACAAAAAAGGUAGUGAAAAUAACUGAAUGUUGAACACUUUAAUCGAGCUAAUUCCUCAAAUAUGAAAGUUCUGUCUAUCGAAUUGUAAUAAAACUAGAGACAAAACUAAAAUUCUGAAACAUCUCAAUUCGUCGAGUAAGUAACAAGUUUGCUGCGGCAUUAAUUGAGGUAAAAGUUCAUUACUCAAAUACAUAUGGUCAAAUAUUCUUGAAAAUAGUACACACGAUGACAAGUCAUAGGACAAAUAAUUCUGGCAAUAAGUCUCAUUGCAAUUGUUUUUAUUUUUAUUAGUGUCACAAUAUUCCCCAAAGAGU